ACCAAUUGAAACAAGCCUUUAUAAAAGUGUCAUGUUAUGACAUCUUGAGCAGAACACUUUACAUUACAUUUUUAGGUUAAUGUAUUUAUGGUGAAGUCGAAUAACGUGCAUGCAACAAAAAUUUAAUAUGACAUCGCAAUUUACUUGUAUAACGUGUCGAGUAGCAUUCCAAGAUGCAGAAAUUCAAAGACAACAUUAUAAAACCGAUUGGCAUCGUUAUAAUUUAAAACGCAAAGUAGCUGAAUUACCUUCAAUAACAAGUGAAGAAUUUCAAAAAAGAGUUUUAGCUCAACGUGAAAAAGAUGAAGCCGCUGGUCAAGUGAAUACCGCCUAUUGUCAAGCAUGUAGAAAACAUUUUAACACAAUAGCAGCGUAUGAAAAUCAUUUAAAUUCGAAACGACAUAAAGAUAAUACGAUGAUUCAGGAUAAUAUGAGUGAUUCAGUUUUAUCAACCACUUCAUACGAUCGUGUAACGUUUUCCAAAAAAAUGCGUAGAAGUUCAUUAUCCGACGAAGAGAAUAUGGAAAUUGAAGAAGUUGAUUCCGAUGAGUGGGAUGAAGAUACAGAAAAUCCAAUUGAAGGAAAUAAUUGCUUAUUUUGUUCACAUCAUAGUAAAAAUUUAGUGAAGAAUUUGAAUCAUAUGACUGUUGCACAUUCGUUUUUCAUACCCGAUGUAGAAUAUUGUACGGAUGUCAAAGGAUUGUUAAUGUAUUUGGGUGAGAAAGUUACCCAAGGUUAUAUGUGUUUAUGGUGUAAUGAUCGCGGUAAAACAUUCCACUCGAAGGAAUCAGCUCAACAGCACAUGAUUGACAAAGGACAUUGUAAAAUGUUACACGAAGGCUUGGCGCUCGCUGAAUACGCUGAUUAUUACGACUAUAGUUCAUCAUAUCCCGAUGCAGAGGAAGAAAGUGUAGAUGCUGAUUCUGAAGUAUCAGUACCUACCAUAGAUGAUUCUGAUUAUCAAUUAGUUUUACCAUCUGGAAUUACUGUGGGCCAUCGAUCUUUAAUGAGAUAUUAUAAGCAAAGUAUCGAUCCGUCUAGGCAACAAGUUGUUCCAAAAUCAAAUAAACGUUUACAUAAAGUUUUAGCUGAGUAUCGCGCUUUAGGUUGGACGGAAACACAACAAAAAGCAGCUGCCAGAAAAGCUCGUGAUUUGCAUUAUAUGAAACGUAUACAGUCUAAGGCAUAUACAAAAUUGGGCGUCAAAGCAAAUAAAUUCCAACCACAUUUUAGAGCUCAGGUUCAAUUUUAAACAAUGCAUUGUUACUUCAGAAAUUAUUUUGUUAAUUGGUUUUGAAUUAAAUUUUUUGUAUUAAAACAAA